CUGAAAUUAUUAAAAGGCUAGCAAGAAGGCCAGGCUGAGAGGAGGAGCUGUGUGUGAUAAUAUCUCUAAAAAUGGAAAGAAGUAUAUUUGCUAUUUUAGUUUGUCAUUUAGCUACACUAGUCUUUGGAAAACACGUUCCAGUGAUCGGUUGGGCAAAUACUCGGGCACUGGCAAAUACUCCAACAAUUCCUGCUGGUCACUUUGUAAACACAGUAUCACUUCAAAAAGACUACUUGGAUAGGAUAAUCAGUGCAGGACCCAACAACAUAUGUGUGUUUAUUAUUGACAAGCUUAGCAUUGACGAUAUUACUAAGUACAGCGACGCAUACAACCAGGAUAGUACAGGCAGUGCCCUCACCAAUCUAAGGGCUGCUUUGGAAUCAUCAAAAUCAUCCCUUAUUCUACCAUCAGCUGAUUCAUCCGACCUAAGUGCUUACCUGAGUUCAAAGGUUAAUGGUCAUGUGAUUGAAACAUCAGAGCCAUCCAUCAGUGAACAACCACUGGACAAUGGCAAGACAAAUGUUAUCAUUGUCCAGCUGACAUUACCUAGCAGCAAUGAUCGUGAGAGCGAGAUACGCUACGCAGAUAGAAUGAUGGCAGCAAUUACCUCGCAACUGGAGUCCAUGUCUGCCCCGUACACAGCACUCCUAACUGCUCAGCAAUCCACAUUCAAGGAACAACUACACGUUGAUAAUAUCCAAAUGUCUAUAAAUACUGGAAGACAAAUAUUAGAAAGCGAAGAUGAGGAGAGUGGUGAUGAUUUUGUGUUUGCAAAUUAUACGCACGUUGAUUGCCAAGUGUUCUUCUUCAGUAAGAACGUCACGCUUCGAAUGAAGGAUGAGUCGACUGUUGCACUGCCUGUGAAGAAGUGGGAUACAAUUGGAUCUUCCUGUUCUGGAAACACUGUCAACCUAGUGAUGUCCCCGAGUAAUAUUACCAACAACAGCUUAAUAUCAAGCUUUAGGUUUGACAUUACUAUUACUGUAGACAGUCUGGAUUUCUGGACUGCAAGUCCUGCUAAGAUUUCCAUCAAAUUUAACAAUGAAAGCGAGGACAUCUCCCAGUAUAUAGAUAUGUCAUUUGUUAUAACUCCGAUAAUAUUCUCUUACCACUGUGUCGUCUCAGAAGCCAAGGCGACGAACUUUACAGAUGAUGACGACCUUCAAAUAAAAUCAGUGACAUUUAACGAUUUACAGCUUCAACCAUUCGAUAUUAAGGAUGACAAAUUUUCGUUUCCUAAUGACUGCAUUGGCUUUUUUACCGAAGGCAUCUGGAUGGGACUGGUGACAGCACUUAUAAUCCUUAUCAUACUGGCGUUCGGUUUCGGAAUGCUGGCUAAUCUCUCCGUCAUGGAUAAGUUUGAUGAUCCUAAAGGAAAAACUAUAACCAUUCCUCAGACUGCUGAAUAAAUCUUCUAAAUCUUCUGUUAAAAUUUUAAGAAUUAAAAAUCUAUAGUUAGAUUGUGCAUACAGUACUUUAAUUUAUGAUAAAUAAUGUCAGAUGAGAAUAAAUUUAAAUUAUGCGAUGUGUUCUAACAAAAUCCAGGCAAAUUAGCAUAACGAAAAAUUCUUUUUUUUAAUAAGCUAUACUAUAAAGAGCUUUAGAAUGGUUUAUAUUAAUAUUAUUAGUUAUUUAGCUUUAAGUGAUCAUUCUGAGUUGUCCUAAAAAAAUGAGUCUUGUUGUAUAAAAAAUAAAAAAUGAGUUGUAUAUUGUUCUUCGAAUCAGAUUCCUAGUUGAGUACUGCCAAUGUAGAAUGCUUCAAAAAACGCCUUUAAUUAACAUAACUCAGAACAUAAAUCAGAACAUUUGCUAUCAUGAGAUAUACAUAUUAACCUUAUCAGAAACAUUGGAACCCAAUUUUUGAUAAAAUAUUACUUCAGAUAUAUUUUCUUGAAUCAAUCAAAUUGACCUGGCAUACAACAAGACUCAUUUUGUCACGACAACCUCACAAUUAAUAUUGAGAUUUCAGCUAUAGCACAACUCAGAAACCUUAGUGUAUACUUGACAGAAUGAAGAGCUACUGUUGUUACAAACUUGUAUUAGCAUCCAAUGUCUAAUCAUAAAGCAAAGUUUAAUAAUAGAAGAAAACUAAAAAUAAUAGAUGAACAAAAUUCAUGAGAAAGCUAGAGCAGUCAAUCCAUAGAAUGCAUACCUCUGCCCUGUGCCUGAAUACAGUACCAACAAUAUGCAGGUCGUGUAUGAUGGGUGACACUGCAUACAGCAACAGGCAAAAUAACGGAAUAGCCGUCGUAUUCAGACACAUGGUUUUCUCGAGUGCUGACUGAUUCUAUUAUUAGGGCUAACUUUUGAUUUGUUCGACAGCGCGACACUAGAACGGAAUCACUCAUGCGUGACCAACGUUCUCGCAUGUGCAGAUGACUUUUAGUGACGUCAUUACGUCCUACCGUCAUCGUGCAAUCGAAAGCUCCGUAUUAUCUUUUAUGCUAGAGGGUAUUAAAUCGAAUGUGACCUUGAUAUUUUCUUUUGAAAAUUGAAAGGGGUCUUCGAUUAUUACGUACCAUUCCAAUAAAUUUCAUGAUGAUCCAUUUA